AUGAACGACCGGCAAGAGGUAUUGGACGAGUUGGAGUGGCGGUCCCCCGAGUGGAUCAACAUAUACGGCCUCCGCAGCGACAACAUCCUCGAGUACUUCUCGCUUUCGCCGUUCUGGGACCGCCAGUGCAACAACCAGGUGCUCAAGAUGCAGCGCCAGUUCCAGGCAAACGACCGCGGCAGCGGCGAGAAUGGCCUGCCGCCGAUGAUGAUCAUCCCUUCCUUUGACGCGGAGCUGCGCCGGCUGCGGGGCAUCGAGUACGUGGUGCACAUGAUCAAGGAGCCCGACCUGUGGGUGAUCCGCAAGCAGCGACGCGUCGACGAUGGCAGUUCUGCCUACGCCAAGAACAGCGGGCCGGCCGCCAUCAGCGCCACAAUGCCUCUUGAGACCUACCUGGCCGGUGGGCCCGGGUUGGCCGUCCCGGACGACGUCGUCGUGCUGGCCGACUAUUUCUGUGUCGGAAGCAAGGUCUACAUGGCCAGCAACGUGCAUGCCAUCGUGCGACAGGGUGUAUUGUCGCUGUCCCGCUCCCUCAGCGUAGCCGCCGACCGCCUUGGCCGCUUCACCAACAGCACCAGUACCGUCAACAACAUCGACCUGCGUCGUGCCACGACAGGCUCUGCUGACGCACCGCCGGCCAAUGGCGCCGACGCGCCGAUGGGCGCGUCGGCCGAAGAAAAAUGGAAGCGGGAAGAGUCGCUUUUCUUACUGGCGGUGCAGAAGAGAAAGAGGCAGUAG